CCUCUUUCACCGUCAAUCUCCAACCAAAGCUCACCUGCUCGACUUUGGACCCCUAACGCUUGGUUGACUCGAGAAGCUUGUAUUUUAUUAUUCGAAUGAUACAAUGGAUGUCAAAACAAUCGACUUCACGCCCUUCACAGACCAAAAGCCGGGCACGUCUGGUCUGCGCAAGAAGGUCGCGGUUUUCCAGCAGCCGCAUUACAGCGAGUCCUUUGUGGCUAGCAUCUUGCUGUCCAUCCCCGAGGGCGCUGAAGGUGCCUUCCUCGUCAUUGGCGGCGAUGGGCGGUUCUGGAACCCCGAGGUCAUCCAGCUGAUCGCCAAGAUUGGUGCCGCAUAUGGCGUCAAGAAGCUGUUGAUCGGCCAGAAUGGUAUCCUGUCGACGCCGGCCGCCAGCCACGUCAUUCGCAAGCGCAAGGCUACUGGAGGCAUUCUUCUGACUGCCAGCCACAACCCGGGCGGGCCCAAGAACGACUUCGGCAUCAAGUAUAACCUCGCAAACGGCGGCCCCGCACCCGAAUCGGUGACUAACAAGAUAUUCGAGACUUCCAAAACGCUCAAGUCGUACAAGAUCGCCGACAUCCCCGAUGUUGACAUCGGCACCAUCGGCAUCAAGACGUACGGAAAGCUGGAGGUGGAGAUUGUGGAUAGCACGGCCGAUUAUGUCGAGAUGCUCAAGGACAUCUUCGACUUUGACCUUAUCAAGAAGUUCUUCGUCACCCACCCCGAUUUCAAGAUCCUCUUUGACGGCAUGUCGGGCGUCACGGGGCCGUAUGGCAAGGCAAUUUUCGAACAGGAGCUCGGGCUCGGCCCCGAGUCGACGCAGAACUGCGAGCCGUCACCCGACUUCAACGAUGGCCAUCCAGACCCAAACCUCACUUACGCCCACGACCUGGUCGAGGUGGUCGAGAAGAAGCGGAUCCCGUUCGGCGCGGCCUCGGAUGGCGAUGGUGACCGCAACAUGAUCUACGGUGCUGGCGCCUUCGUCUCGCCCGGCGACAGUCUGGCCAUCAUCGCGCACCACGCCAAGUUGAUCCCAUACUUCAACAAGAAUGGCGUCUACGGCCUGGCCCGCAGCAUGCCCACGUCGGGUGCUGUUGACCUGGUAGCCAAAAAGCAGGGUCUGGACUGCUACGAGGUGCCCACCGGCUGGAAGUUCUUCUGUGCUCUCUUUGAUGCGAACAAGCUGUCCAUCUGCGGCGAGGAGUCUUUCGGAACCGGCAGCAACCACAUCCGGGAGAAGGAUGGCCUCUGGGCUAUUGUAGCAUGGCUCAACAUUAUUGCCGGUCUGGGCAUCGCGAACCCAGGGGUUGCGCCGAGCAUCAAGCAGAUCCAGAAAGAUUUUUGGACUGAGUAUGGACGGACCUUCUUCACCCGCUAUGAUUACGAGAACGUUGAUUCCGAAGGCGCCAAUAAGGUGGUUGGGGUCCUGAAGGACCUGGUUGCCGAUCCGAACUUUGUCGGCAGUAAGGUCGGAGACCGCACUGUGACCAAAGCCGGCAACUUUUCGUACACGGACUUGGAUGGCUCCGUGUCGUCCAACCAAGGCCUGUAUGCGUGCUUCUCUUCGGGCAGCCGGAUCGUCGUCCGACUCUCGGGGACUGGGUCUUCAGGCGCCACCAUCCGUCUGUACAUCGAGCAACACAGCAGCGAUCCUGCGACGUAUGACAUGGAUGCCCAAAACUUCCUCGGGCCCGAAAUCAAGAUGGCGACGGAGCUCCUGAAGUUCAAAGAGUUUAUCGGCCGGGACGAGCCUGACGUCAAGACGUAAGAGGUGUCAAACGAAGUCCGUGGAAGGGAGGCGGGACAUGGGAAAAUGGAGCGAUUGCGAGCCAGCUUCUUGAGUAUGAUAGCAAUCUAUUUUUUCCAUCUACCACACGUGGGCGCAAUACGUAUCAAAGCGUGAGACCGGGUGAUUAGUGGCCAGGUCACGGCCCGGCGGGUUGGAAAAUGGCCAAUUUGUAGUACCUGGCUUC